GAAGAACUGGCAAUGGAGAAGGUGAACAGUUUGGUGUCUAAGAAGCCAGUGGUGAUCUUCAGCUUAAGCUCGUGCUGCAUGAGUCACACAGUGAAGAGUUUGUUCUAUGAUCUCGGUGUUAAUGUUGAUGUACAUGAGCUGGACGAGGAGGAUCAAGGAAAGGAGAUGGAAGGUGCUCUAGCUAACCUCAUUGGGAGAAAUCCUCCAGUUCCAGUGGUGUUUAUUGGAGGAAGAUUGAUAGGAUCUACUGAUAGAGUAAUGUCUCUUCAUCUUUGUGGCAAUCUUGUUAAGCUUUUAAAGGAUGCUGGUGCACUCUGGCUCUAG